UUUCACCAACAAUUGGUGUGGAUUUUGCCUGAGAAUGGAACUGGUUGUUCGUGAAAUAUACCAGGCAAUAAAGGGCUACAUGAACAUGUUGAAGAGUGGAUCUGAGAAUGGACAAUCGAUAUUUAGCAGCAAUAACUCAAAGGAUGCUACUUUGAAGCUCCCACUGAUUUACUUGAUGGAUUGCACAUUGAAUGAAUGUAGUUUGAUUCUAAAAUCAAAUGAUCAGAGAGAAAUAUAUCCGGCUCUGGUUUUAUUUCCUGCUGAAACAAAGAAUGCUCUAUCGUAUGAAGGGGAUAUGGCAGUAACUGAUGUUAUCAAGUUUAUAGCUGGUCAUGGAAGUAAUUCUCAUCAUCUCAUGGGAGAUAAUGGCAUUUUAUGGACAAAAGCAGAAAAAAAAAUCAGGAAUCAGAAUUUAUUUAAGGAAGCAUCCCCAACUAUAAUUCACAAGGAAGCUCCUGUCGCAAAGGAAAAACAGCAUGAAGUCCUAUUGAAGAACAGAAAUCCAAAAAGAGCAUAUAAAUACAACCGGAUAAGAUCUUACACAUCAAGCAGAUCACAUGAAGCAGCCUAUCAUGUGGUUGUUGGUUCAAUCCUUGUUGCUACUGACAAGCUUCUUGAUGCCCAUCCAUUUGAUAAAUCCACAAUUCUCAUUGUGAAGGCAGAUCAGGCUACAGGAUUUCAUGGUUUGAUUAUCAACAAACAUAUCAAUUGGGAAUCUCUCAAUGAAUUGGCAGAAGGUGUAGAUCACCUGAAAGAGGCUCCUUUAUCCUUUGGAGGCCCAGUCGUAAAACGUGGAAAGCCUCUUGUCGCUUUAACUCGAAGGGUUUUUAAAGAUCAGCACCCAGAAGUCUUACCUGGUGUUUACUUUCUUGAUCAGUCUGCCACAGUUUCGGAAAUUGAAGGGCUGAAGUCAGGAAACGAAUCUGUUACAGAGUAUUGGUUUUUCGUGGGUUUUUCAAAUUGGGGUUGGGACCAGCUAUUUGAUGAGAUUGCUGAAGGAGCUUGGAACAUAACUGAUGAUAAUAUGGGACAGUUAGAUUGGCCAUUGAGGUGAUAAUUAACAGCUUUGGGUCAUAUCUAACAUUAUACAGCUUUGGAGUUCCCCAUAUAGGAAUUCUGAAAGAGCGGCCAAACACUGGAGAAGAUAGAGAGAGAUAAGUAGAAGUUGCUCUUUUAUGUUUGUAAUAUUUUGUCUAUUUUAUGUUCUGUGCAGAAGCAGUGCAUAUAUAGGCUUUUGCUAUUGAUUUUGUUAAACGAACGGAGCUUCUGGCAGAAUCUUGGUUGUAUUUUAGUGUACCUUGAAAAUUAUCAAUCUCAAGGUACCAUUUUAAUAUUUUGGCUUAGCGUUUUAGAUGCAUUUUUCACCAGAGUUAAAACAUGACCAUCAUAUAUUUGUAAAUACAUUAUUAAAUUUUUUUUGUCAUAUGCACACAAACUCCAUAUAUGGACCUUUACUAUUUAUUUUGGUAAAUGAAAUGAGCUUCAUGCUUGAUUUA